UAAAUAUAUAUACGUCCCCCCUUGCUCUCCACACAGACAGACGCACAAAUUUCUUGUCGAGCUCAGAAAGGGAGAGGAAUUUCAUCACAAAGAAAGCAGGGGUUAGCGAACUAAUAAUGACUGUUGAAGUUAAAGCUGAGGCGGCGGCGGCGGCGGCGGGGGUGGAGAAGGAAGAACCGAAGGCGAGGAUGGUGGAGAAGAGCUCUUCUUACAGGGAGGAAAGCAAUUGCUUGUCUGAUCUCAGGGAAUACGAAAGGAAGGCUUUGAAUGACCUGAAAGCCAAGCUCGAAGAGGCCAUUCUCGGAAACACGCUUUUCAGGAAGGAGGACGAGAAGAAGCCAAACGAGGAAGAAAAAGAAAAGGAAAAGGAAAAGGAGAAAGACUGUGUAAAAGAAGGUGAAGACGAGAAGAAAGCAGAAUGUGGAGACGACAAGAAACCUGAAGAAGAGAACCAAAACAAGGGCAGUGAGGAGGAGCCGGAAACUGCCAAGGAGGAGGAAUCGGAGCAGCCAAAGGCAAAGCCCGAGCCCGAAAUUGACAGGGAUGUUUCGAUUUGGGGAGUGCCACUCUUGCCUACCAAAGGAAACGAAAGUACUAACAUUGUUCUUCUGAAGUUCUUGAGGGCUAGGGAAUUCAAGGUAAACGAAGCUCUGGAGAUGCUCAAGAAGACCCUUGAAUGGAGGAAAGAGUUCAAGAUUGAUACAAUCUUGGAAGAAGAAUUCGAGACCGAUCUCUCCUCGGCUGCAUACAUGUGCGGCGUGGAUCGACAGAGCCACACAGUUUGUUACAACAUAUUUGGGGUAUUAGACAAUGAGGAGAUCUAUGACAAGACACUGGGUACAGAGGAGAAGAGGGAACAGUUCUUGAGGUGGAGGGUUCAGCUCAUGGAGAGAGGAGUUGAGAAGCUCGAUUUCAAGCCUGAUGGCGUGAACUCAUUAGUUCAGGUAAAUGAUCUCAAGAACUCUCCAGGGCCAGCCAGGAAAGAGGUCAGGACUGCUGUCAACAAAGCUGUUGCCCUUCUCCAAGACAACUACCCUGAGUUUGUCGCCAAAAAUAUAUUCAUUAAUGUUCCAUUCUGGUAUUUUGCUUAUCAUUCCCUGGUAUCUCCAUUCUUGACUCAAAGGACCAGAAGCAAGUUAGUUUUCGCCCGCCCCUCUAAGGUUACGGACACCUUGCUCAAGUACAUUCCCAUUCAAGAAAUCCCAAUCCAGUAUGGUGGAAUGAAGAGGGAGAACGACUCUGAGUUCUUUCCUAUCAGUGAUGGUGAACCUACAGAAGUCAUGAUCAAGGCUGGGUCGACGCACACCAUUGAGAUUCCCACACCAGAGGCUGGAACAACAUUUAUCUGGGAUGUAAUAGUUCUUGGGUGGGAAGUGAACUACACCGAAGAGUUUGUCCCUACAGAUGAGAGUUCAUACACUAUGAUGAUUCAGAAAGGAAAAAGGAUCUGUUCAGACGAGCUGCCAGUUCGGAAGACAUUCAAGAACCAUGAACCGGGAAAGAUAGUCAUCACUGUCCAAAACACCUCCGGGAAGAAGAAGAAAAUGUUCUACCGUCACAAGGUCAAAAAAGCUUGCUUCUGAAGGCAUCAUGAUAUGAUACAAGGAUUAUUGAGACAUUUUCAUAUUUGAUUGAUUGAUUGAUUAUUCUUUAUUGGACAUUCUUGUCAUAGUUCCUCCUUUUCCUGCUUCAAUUGUGUUAUUUUGCCCAUCC